AUGUCAGAAUACCUAACAAAACUAAUAAGAAGUAUAGAAGAAGAAGUUAUUACUUUAUCAUACAAUUUAGAAUCGUUUGAAGAUUCCUUACUAGAUAAAUCACUUGAUGAACAAGUUAAAAAAGUACUGAAAAUAGAGCAUACAACAUGUACAACAGCUAUAAAGUGUUUAGAUGAAGUAAUAAAAGUCAUAGAAAGUCAAUCAGAUGUAGAAAGUUAUAUGGAAGAAAUUUGUGAAUCAGAAAUUAAUCAAGAAAAAUAUCUAAUCAUGGAGAAAUUGAAAAAUUUGAAAUUAAAACAUAAAGAAUUAUUGGAAUCUUUAAAAUACCAGGAAGAAAUGAAACGUGUUUUAGAAACUAUGUGUUAUCGUAAACAAAGACAAAUAAUGGAACGUCAUAAAUGGAACAAAAUUAAUUCAUGUAAAUGUCAAAAUAAUAAUUCAAUAUAUCUAAAUUAUAUAGAAAAUAUUACACAUAUAAAUAAUAUUAAUACUGAUGAAUUUAAUUUAGAUAUGUUAAUUGAACAUAAUUGUGAAAUUGAUGAACAAAUUAAAUUGAAACUUGAUGACAAAAAUCCCAAAAUUUCUUUAAAUGAAGUAUUAAAAUAUCGUAUAGAGCUGAUAAAUGAAGGUCUAGAAUUGGAAUGCACUUUGUAG